ACCCGACGAGCCGGCAGUCUCGGUCAAGCUACCGCGCGGGUUAGUUAUUCGGUCUGGUCUUUCCAAAUUUCCUCGUCGACCACAUGUCUCGAAAACGCAGAAAUUCCAAUGAGACGUCCGCAAAAAUCGCGCCGAUCUGAUCGUCACGAAGCGCCCAACGUCGUCGCACGGACAAGAAGCAUCAAAUACCAUCGUCGAACCGCGACGUCGAUCCUACGAAGGAUCUUAGACACGGCACGGAGGAACCGUCAAGAAAGUCGACUGACCCUCAUGGCGAGAUAACGGUACAAAUAAUUGCCAACGAUGGCUUCGUCGACGUCGAACAGCCGCCAGAUGAUACGGGAAAUUAGGACAAUAGACACGUGAUAGAAAGGCAUCGUCGAGCGGUAACCGUGAUCGGGAAGAAAGGAAAUUAUAAGAAUGGCCGUGAAGGCAGCGAAAUUUUCUUAACAGCCGGGAAGCUCUGGUACCUGCUGGGCCGUCGGUGGGGUGAAAGCACAGUCGUCUCGCCACGUGCCGCGCCGCUUGUCAAAUCGAUAACCACGUUGCAACAAAACUUAGACCAGAUAACGAAGCUCUCGGUGUCGGUCUCCGUUAAUUAGUAUUUCUGAUUUACCGUUUGAUACUCGUUCACACCGAAACCGCAAGCUUUUUUCAAAGUAUUCCUUAGACACGGACACCGUAUAUGAAACCGCGGCAAACUUACUUGGUCGAAUAACCGAAUAGUUUUGUAAAUAGUAAGUAUUUCGAACCGCUCGCGCAUUAGCGUAGCAACCAAGAGUAUUUUUUGACACGAAUGAGAUACAUCGGUCUCGAACCAAGUGUUUGUAGAGACGAAGAAGACAACGUGUCGAAGCGAAACGAAUCGAGAGAGAAGCGGACACAAAAGAGAGUACUUGGACAGUGAUUUGAUUUUGUUUUUUCAAUCCGCAAAAUCAUGGAGAAAAGGAAUAACGAGAAUAACGAGUACUGGGUGUUCGGCUACGGGUCCCUGUGCUGGCAUCCGGGAUUUAAAUACAAGAGGAGCGUCGUGGGACACGUGAAGGGUUUCAUCAGACGAUUUUGGCAAGGAAACACAACACACCGCGGCAGCGCUGAGAAACCUGGACGCGUGGCUACGCUGAUAAAGGAACAAGAGGGCAUCGUGUAUGGUCGAGCGUUUCAAGUCGAGGACAGCGUGGCACUUCUUUAUUUGGAGAAUCGCGAGUGCACUUUGGGCGGAUAUGUGACGAGGUUCUCGACGUUCUACAGCCGGAACGGAGACAAAAGUUUCUCGGUCAUCGUUUACAUCGCCACCAACAAAAACGAUCAGUGGCUAGGGGAUGCGCCGCUGCAUUGCAUCGCGGAUCAAAUCUUGCGGUCCUCCGGCCCGAGCGGGCACAACGUUGAAUAUCUUUUACGAUUAGCGGAAUUUAUGCACGAUUAUCUACCCGAGGCCUGCGACGAUCAUCUUUUCACGUUGGAGCUGUUGGUGCGUUCGCAGAUCGAACAGGAGAAUUUGUGUCUCAGAACUUUAAUGGGUGACCGAGACUUCGACAUUGUUAUAGACAACAACAUCGUGGAUUUCGAUGAUAGGAAUAACAACGACGAUGAUAACAAUCUCAGGGAAAAUACAUUCCAGUUUUUACUAGGGAUACCUCGUAAGACUUCGCGUUACCUGAAGAUAUAGUCUCUAGGGGAACGCGUUUUAAUACUUUAAAAGACUUGAAGAGAUUUUAGAGAUAUUUCAGUGAACUUCUACAAAAAAAAAAAACGGAAAAUAUACGUACAACGAGACGAGAAUGAUUGGCCAAAAAAGAAUAUUUUUAAUCGUUUUUUUUUGUAAAUAUUUCUGUAAAAUGUGUUUGUCGUUCCGAGAAGAGCAAGUUGCGUUAGACAGCGACUUCGUUCUUGAAUGUUUUUGGCUGCUGUACAAAUUAUAUUUUAAGAAUGCAGAAGUGAUAUAGGGGCAACUCGAUACCGACUGACUUGAAUAUAUUUUUAAACGUGGUGGUUUUUUCGUUUAACAAAUGUGCUGGACACAGUUCACAACCAAAUUCUUUUAGAUAAGAUCGUGCCUUAAUAUUAAUUUAUUGUAUAAAUUGUUCCUAUAUAAUUUCUUAAGUUCUAAAGUUCAUAACAAGUUUUUGUAUUCUACGAAAUUAUGCAAAUGCACAAAAGCAAGAGCAUGAAAUUUU